AUGAGCGUGCUGAUCCGCAACGCGCAGCGCGCCGUGCCGCUCCGCCGCGUGCCGCUCCGCCGCGCUGUGGGCGCCCUGCUUGCCGCCCUGGGCGCCGCGCGCUUCGACGUGGCGCUCGUCUGCGCCGCCAACAGCACCAUGCGGCGGCUGAACGCGGCCUACCGGCGGCGCGACGAGCCCACCGACGUGCUCUCCUUCCCUUUCCACGAGGUGGCGGCGGGCGAGCUGCCGCGGCCGCGCCGUCGCGACGAGUACAACCUGGGCGACAUCUUCCUGGGCGUGGAGUACAUCGGCGAGCAGUGCCGCGCCGCCGGCGAGGACUUCCACGGCGCGCUCGUGGCGACUGCGGCCCAUGGGCUGUGUCAUUUGCUUGGCUACCGGCACAGCACGAGAGAGGAGUGGCAGCAGAUGUACCAGAAGGAGAAGGAGAUCCUGGAGCAGCUGAGCCGAGCCACCGGCACCGACUUCCGACCCCUGACCGCGGACCUGUUCUGAGGGAGCCGGCGGCGCGGGGAGGA